GGGGAUUAGCAAUGGAUGAACAGAGAUAUCUCUACGUCUCUGACUGGAAAAAAGAUGAAGUAAGACGAUAUCAAUUGGGUGACAAGAAUGGCAUUCUCGUAGCUGGUGGUAAUGGUAAAGGUGGUGGUCUCAAUCAACUCAAAUCGCCACAUUAUCUCUUUGUCGAUCGAGAUCAUUCAGUCUACGUAUCAGACAGAAACAAUCAUCGUGUAAUGAAAUGGGUGGAAGGUGCACAAGAAGGUAUUGUGGUCGCUGGAGGACAAGGCCAAGGGAAUGCUCUGACACAAUUGUGUUAUCCUCUCGGAAUCUUCGUUGAUACGUUGGGUACAAUCUAUGUAGCAGACUCGUCGAAUCAUCGUGUAAUGCGUUGGACUCAAGGAGACAAGAAACAUGGCACUAUAAUUGUGGGUGGAAAUGGUCAAGGAGCAGGAGCAAAUCAGUUCAACUACCCCGAUGGUUUGUCUUUCGAUCGACAUGGUAAUCUCUACGUCGUCGAUAAUGAGAAUAAUCGUGUUCAACGAUUUUCUAUCGAAUGA